UUUCAUUUCUCUUUCUGCAAAAAACGCGGAAAAAAUCUCAGAAUCGGUUUCGGGCUCCUGCGCUUCUCUCUGAUCGAUGGCGAGUUCUUGAUCGAUUCCUUUCCUUCAAGAAUUCGCCAUCGUUUUUAAAGCUUUUCUCUUUGUUUUUUACCUCUUUUUUACAGGGAGAGCAGGGCCCUUGUAGCCAUGGAUUUUGCCGACAUUUAGAACUGGAAGGAGAAAAAUGGUCUUCUAAGGUAUUUUGAGGUGCUUGGCCAUGACUUCCCUUCUUGUGACAGACAUUAAAGUUUUAGAAGCAAAAGAACAAAUGGAGGACAACAAUGGUAGCUACGUAAGGUUGGAUUUUUUGAAUGAUCCAGAAUCUGAGGAAUUUGGGAGGUUGCAAAAUCAAACCCUAUCAAGAUCUUGUUCUUUAUGUUGGUGGGUGAAGACGAUUUUAGUAUGCCUUUGCCUACUUGUAGCUGCAGCUGCUUUCAUCAUCUGGGGAGUACCAUUUCUCUUAGAUAAGGUUGUCGUGCCUGUCUUGGAUUGGGAGACAGCAACAUUUACCACUUCUGUUCUUGGGGUUAUUCUUUUUGCUUCUAUGGCUGUAUUUCCUGCACUUUUGCUACCAUCAGCUCCUUGUAUGUGGUUGGCAGGGAUAACAUUUGGUUAUGGAUUUGGGUUUUUAUUGAUAAUGGCAGGCACAAGUGUGGGAAUGUCUUUGCCAUACUUCAUUGGUUCUCAUUUUAAGCACAGAAUACACAGGUGGCUGGAAAGAUGGCCAAAGAAAGCUGCUGCUGUGAGGUUAGCUGGAGAAGGGAAUUGGUUCCAUCAAUUUCGGGCUGUCACUUUACUGAGGAUUUCUCCAUUUCCGUAUAUUAUUUUUAAUUAUGCUGCUGUAGCAACAAAUGUUGGUUAUUGUCCUUAUAUAUUUGGAUCUUUGGUAGGCAUGGUGCCAGAAGCCUUUGUCACAAUCUACAGUGGCAUUUUGAUAAGGAGCAUGGCCGAUGCUCAGCAUGGUCAUGUCUUCUUGUCACCGCAGCAGAUAUUGUUCAAUUCCCUUGGUUUCUUUGGGGCAGUUGCUGCAACAGUUGCCGUUACAGUGUACUCAAAAAAGGCGCUCCAAAAGCUCCACCCUGAAGAUGAUGAAGUGUAUGUAUGCUGACAUUGGUUUUGCUUAAUUGUUAUUGGAUCCCAACCCAUGCCUUAUGGUUCCAAUCACUUGCUAUACCUCGGUGACCAUUGUAAAUUGUUUGUCAAGGUGCCUUGUUUUGAUACGAUAUUAUGGAAAUGGCCUCCUUCCUUGUCUAGGUCUUGGAAAAGUAUAGUAUGGUGUUUGGUACUCCAAAGGGGGCAUCACCAUCGGUUCCUAAUGAUGGAUGGUGAAGAUUGACUUUGCCCCACAACUGUUCAUGCCUUAUGGUGUAUCAUACAACAUACUCCAUUGGAUUCAUUGGAAUGUGGUAUUUUUUCUCGUGUGUAUAUAUUUGGAGAUUCAUUUUCCUUUUGAAUGGUUUAUAAGAUAUUAUUC